UUGGUCCAAGUGGAGACCUUUGAUAAUUCAGGAAGUAUGUAUCAAGCAUAUUGAUAAAAUGUCAUUUAGCUAUCAUAUUAAUCAUGCAUACAUUGGAAUGAGAAUUUUAAGGACUGAAGAACGUCAACAUAUUUCAAUUGAUAUAUUCACUAGUAUCUGAUAUCAAUGGAUUUGAGUUUGUUUUCAUGUCUCAUUGUGUGGUUUUUGUCUCCUUAUAUCGCAUCUUCUAGCUCACAAUUAUGUGCAGGCCCUAACGGGAAAGUAUGCUGUAGUGGAUAUGUAUGGAAUGAAGCACAAAAUACCUGUACACGCUGCAUGGAUGGCUUUUAUGAUAUUAACUGUAAUAUUCCUUGUCCAUACCCAUUAUUCGGCUGGGAUUGUCAAUCAAAAUGCAUCUGUAGCAGUGAAGACUGUCACCACGCGUAUGGGUGCAGGAGAACUCCACCAGAAUAUUAUUCAUCAUUGCACAGCAUUGAAAUAACAACCAUUCCUGCAUCUGCUUCAAGUAUGAUUCAUACCGAAGCUAGAAAAGAGGCUGCAUCGAAAUCUAUCAACAUCUCCCAUAUGCACAAUAUGCGUGCUCAAGAAAAGGAAGCCGUAAAUGAAAGCUACCUUACACCUUUAAUUGCUGGUAUUUCCAGUCUUCUGAUCGUUGCGGGGAUGUUGCUGAUCCUGUACGCAAUGACGUAUUCACAUAAAGUCAGGUGUAUAGUUCAAGGAGAUACAUUAAGUAAAAGCACACUUUGAAGUUAUAGAACUUAUGUCCCCCACGUUCAAUCAUGGGAUAUUUUCUUUGAACAUGUAUCUAAGAGUAAAAAUGCAAUAAAAUAAUCAAGUUUUGUAUUAUUUGGAAUUCUUAUAUAUACCAAUAAAAAACAAAGAAACAUAUGGUACUAAUUUUACUCUGAAUCUCAUCAAAUAAUUUUUCAAACAUCUUUUUGGUAAAGAAUGACUUAUCUAAUUACUCAUUGUAACACCUGGUGCUGUUAUUUACUGGAUAAAUAUUAGACAUAAUCUGAGGACAAUAGAACGUGUUUUCAUAAAAUCUUAAAACAGUCUCUGUAGCUCUCGUUUGUUGUAAGUCCCUAUUCCACUUGUUUCAGGCACCAGUAGUUUAUAAAAUGAACGGCUUUUUUAUAUGUCAUUGCAUUGUUGUUAUAU